UUACCACAUUUCAUUUAUUCUUUAGUUUAACUUAUGGAGGAGGACAUCCAUCACAUUCAGAAACGGAUCUUCUUCACAGACAGACAUUUGCAGCUUCUCAUCAGCUUCCUGGAUAUGCUACCACACACCAUCCUACUGGUCUUACUGGAAUAUUUGAUACCAGUAUACACAGUGCUGGAAAUAACACUAAAGAAACUUCAGUUAUGAAUUUUCUCUCUGCAAUUGAGUCUCUCACUGUCCAGGCUGCCUCUUCAGGAACUACCCUUUUGCCACAGUUCAGGGCUCCAUCGUGGCAGACAGGCAUGCAUUCCUCAACACCCACAGAACUAUUUGUUACUGGAGCAUUGCCAGCCUCUGGAACAUUUCCACCAACAUCUGCUCUAUCAGCUUAUCAGCAUCCAAACUCCUUCAGCAGUAGAAGCUUUGUUACUACUCCAUCUCUUACACUUCAAGAUGCAACUUUCAGUGCAACAUCGAAUGGUCUUUUAACUGCUCAUGACCCAUUAUUACAAAUCAAGACGUCACAAGGCACAGUUCCAACUGCUUUGACAUUUGAGCGCCUAGGCAGCUCUGUUUUAAGUACUAGUGUUCCACCUCAGUCAUCAACCUAUCGUUCUGCUCAAGAAUCUGCACCUCAUCUCUUGCAACCUCAGUUUACUUUGUUGCCUUCAACACUGGGAGGGGCUCAACAGGUCUCUCAGGCAUAUAGUACAACUGUCUUUACUGGUUCCACUGCCUCCAUUGAUAGAGCAUUUCAGCGAGAAUGUAGUGUUAUUAAACACCAUCAGAGGCCUUCAAAUACCCAGCCUGUGCAGGCACAACUGACUAGUUCACAGCAUUCCUUACAUAGUUAUUUAUCAAAUACAAGUGGAGUUAAUUUUCAGGAUACAUCCAGGCAAUCAGCAUUGUCCUGCAGUCCAGUUGGAGAUGCUACUCAGGUGAGCAAUGGAGGACCGCAACAGAAGACUUCUCAUUCUCAAGUUUCAGUGGAACUUGCUCAGUCUUAUACAUCUGCAAUUCCUUCACCUGGUUUCCCACCGGCUUCCACAGCAAAAGCAAAGAACUGUUCUACGAAGCAGCCACCAAGGUCAACCAAGACCCCUAAACCUCAAAAUGUAGCACCACCUGUGCAGACCCAAAGCUAUUUCAAAACUGCACAAAACCAGAGUUCUGUGAUAACAGGCCAAGCACAAAUAUAUUCCACAGCACAGCUACCAACUCUUUUGUCAGUUAGCCAAUCCCAAAAUUAUGUUUCAACGUCAUCACAGAAUGUGCCAUCAGUCAGUCUUUCACAGGAUUUCUCAUCUAGCAAGGUUGAGAAGCUGCCUUCAAUAUAUAAAACUUUGACUUUUUCUGCGCAAUCACAAGCUAUAACUUCUGAUAGUCAGACACUAAGUUACUCUUCAGAACAACAGGUAUUAACUUCAGUUCCAAAUGAGAACUAUUCUGGGCGAACGAGGGAUCUUUCUUCAGUUAGCCAGUCUCAGAGUUAUUCUUCUAGUCAUUCUCAGGGUUUAUCUCCUGUUAGCCAAUCACAGGUUAACUAUUCAUCUCAAUCACAAGUUUUGUCAGCUGUUAGUCCUUCAGAAAGCUAUACUUCAGGGCAACCCUUAACAUUAACAUCACCAUCUCUUCCAUUUUCUUCCUCUCCUCGUAUUCAAAAUCUGUCAGUCUCAAGUCCAAGCCAGAACUAUAUUUCGUUACAGACUUCUCAGAAUUCUCAGCCACAAGAAUCAUCUUCUCCGCAAUCUCAAAAGUUUUUACCAGCUGUUCAGUCCCCUCCUUUUGCCUCCCCAGCUCAUUCGCAGACGUUGCAGAACAGUAGAUCUUCCUCGGAUACAAAAUCGUAUGUUAAAAGGAAAUCUGACUCUAACUUGUAUGCUUCAUCAAAAGAUGAUGAUGAAUUGUCAAUGCAAGAUUUACAGGCAUUGCAACAGCAAGCUUCUCUUGAAUCUUCUACUCAACGGCUGACUGAUGAUGAAAUCAGUGCUCAGGAUACAGCCUACAGGGUCUCAAAGGCAGAUGACAGAUAUUCCCAAAGUGUAAUCAGAAGUAAUUCUCGUCUUGAAGAUCAAGUUGUUGGACUUACUUUACAAGGGUCAAAAAAAGAUGAAAGAAUGAUUAAUUCUGUUGCACAGCUUUCUCAACAGAUUGGCCAUAUCACUAACGUAGUAAGCCAUGACAUUAAAAAGGCAGCUGAUUUAAUGCAAGCAGCACAAGUAAAUGCAAGUGCUAAAGAACUAAACCAGCAACAUGCUCUGUUGCAUAAGGUACAUGAAAAUAAGACCCAAGAGCAGCAGGGUCAAGUUGUUAGCACAUCACAACACAUUCAGGCUCAUGCUUUGAGGCACAGCAAUCAGUUGUGUUUGCCCAGUGCACAGGUACUUCUGGACUCUGCCUGUGACUUACAAAUUCUUCAGCAGUCAAUACUGCAGUCAGGUUUAGGACAAGCAAAGGCAUCUCCACAAGUGCAACGAAUACAGAGUCCUCAGCAGGUAGCACAUCCAUUCCUUCAAAUAGAUGGUCAUAUAAUUCAAAGUAAUGGGGGUCAUUCUCAGCAACAGCUUCAUCCUCAAAAUUCAGAAGUUAUGAAAAUGGACAUCUCUGAGUCCUCAAAACCCCUGCAGCAGCAUUUGACAACAAAAGACCAUUUUACUCAACCAAAUCAACAUGAUUCAAAGAAUCAGUUUGUUUCUCUGGGUUCAAUAUGUUUCCCAGAGUCCAUGCUUCUCACUGAUGAGAGGAAUAUAUUGUCCAACGUAGAUGAUAUCUUGGCAGCAACAGCAGCAGCUUGUGGGGUCACACCAUCUGAAUUUGCUAAAUCAACAUCUAAUGAAGAAGAAAUACAAUCUGUUGAAAAUGGUGAAAAUUCCAAAUCUCAGUUCCAGUCAAUAGAUGUAAGACAUGUGUCUGCUGGGUUCAGUUCCUCACCCACUGUAGUUGGGAAACCACAGAGCCUACAUAACAUUUCCCUAAAUGGAGGCCAAAUAACUCUAAAUCUUACAGCUAUGUCUGCAAUACAGCCAAAAAAUGUGAACCUUGAUCAACAGCAUAUUGAGACUUCUGAUCAAAAUGUACCAAGUAGAAUGACCUCCCCCACCCUUGGACCUAGUCAGCAAGAGCAAGAGCAAAGUUCUAGCACAGUUAAGAAACAGUCUAGCAUUAAUCAUGAAUCUGAGGAAGAUAAUGAUAUCCCGGUUGAAGGUGCACUGACCACUAGAGACCCAGAAUUUGUUUCAAGUGGUAGGAGUCUAAGUGAAGAGAGUGCAGCAUCAGAUAAUGAUUUUAAUAUGGGUGGUCAUGAUGGCAGUGUAGCAGGUAACCAGGCUAAAGGACCAUUGCAGUCAAUACCUGUACCACAUCAAGGGGACGGAAUUGUUAAUAAAACUGAAGAGGAGAACCACGAUUUAACUCAAGAUAGCUUGCAGAAGAAGAAAAAUAAAGGAAAAGGCCAAAUUAAAAAUGCUAUAGAAGAUGACAGUGUAAACCAGAAACAACUGAAAAAAAGUGGGCAGUGUAAACGUCAGAAUUCAAGAGGAACUGAUAUAUGCCUAACAUAUUCUUCUCCUAUUUCUGAAUGUUGUUAUGACACUUACCAACAUCAAGAAAAAAUGAGGCAAAAAAUCAAAGAAGUGGAAGAAAAACAACCAGAAGUCAAAACUGGAUUCAUUGCAUCUUUUUUAGACUUUCUGAAAUCUGGACCUAGGCAGCAGUUUUCUGCUCCUGCUGUACGAAUGCCUAACAGGACUAGACGACCAGUUACCCAGAUAGUCCGUGCCCAUUGUCCCCACCCACCUUCAAAACCACAACCAGCAGCAGCUCCUGUGUCUGUUGAGGUUGGCAGUGAAAGUCCAACCAAAAAAGCUGAUGAAGAACUUAAGAAAAAUUUGGAAACAUUGCCUACAUUUUCUUCUGAUGAAGAUGAUUCUGUAGGAGGUAACCAUGAUCUUCAGAAAAGCAUCUCCACUGCUUUAUCAGCUUUGGAUGAUAAUUCUGACAAAAAGAACAAAUCAGAAACUGAAAAGUUGGCAGCUACUAGUGCUGUCACUACCAGUACCUCCUCCACCACCACUACCACCGCCACUACUACUGCUGCUGUAAAGCAGGAAUCUCCACACACUACUGCUCCUGUUGUAAAUGUUCAGAAUAUGCAGGAGAAAACAAGUUCAACAGAAGCCCUAAAGGUAGCUGGCCAGGAUGGUGUGACUUCAGACCAGUUAGCAAAAAUACAGGCAUCUGUUGCAAUAGAAGGAUAUAUUGAUGAGGAGAAUAUGGACAGUGGAGGAGAGGGCAUGUACAGAGAACGUGAUGAAUUUGUAGUGAAGAUUGAAGAUAUAGAUGCACUAAAGGUUGCUUUAAAAAUGGGAAAAGAGCCUCCAGCUAUUUGGAAAGUUCAAAAAGCUUUGUUACAAAAGUUUGUUCCUGAAGUGCGAGAUGGACAGAGACAGUUUGCUGCUACCAAUAGUUAUCUUGGAUAUUUUGGAGAUGCAAAAACAAAAUACAAACGGGUAUAUGUGAAAUUCAUUGAAAAUGCAAACAAAAAGGAAUAUGUCAGAGUCUGUUCAAAAAAACCACAAAACAGACCUGUGCAGUCUGCAAGAACUAUUCACUGCAAACCAAGUGGUGGCGGCAACAAAGCACCUGAUCCUCCAGCACCAAAACCUACAACAACAAAAGUCUCCUCCUCCGUAAAACCCAAAGCUAAACAGCCAAAACUAAAGGCAGAACCACCACCAAAGAAACGGAAAAAAUGGAAAGAAGAGUUUUCAUCUUCCCAGUCUGAUUCUUCUCCUGAAGCCCAGAGUGAUGAUGAUGAGCUUGUACCUCCAGCUCCAUUUGUCACUCGCUUUUUGAACACAAGAGCGAUGAAGGAGACUUUUAAGAGUUACAUGGAGCUGCUUGUUAGCAUUGCCUUGGAUCCAGAUACAAUGCAAGCCUUGGAAAAGAGCAAUGAUGAGCUACUUCUGCCUCAUAUGAGAAAAAUUGAUGGCAUGCUGAAUGAUAAUAGAAAAAGACUGCUUCCCAAAUUACAUUUGGAGCAUACAUUAAAGAAUGCUUUGGAAAACUUUCCUGAACUGACAGUAAUCACUCGUGAUUCUAAAUCAAAAAGUGGAGGAGCUGCUAUUUCUAAAAUUAAAAUGAAUGGGAAAGCUUACAACAAGAAAACACUGAGGGCUUCUAAAUCAACCACUAAGCUAGCACAGGAGUUUACAGUUGAUCCAGAAAAAAUACAGUUGUACUCUCUGUAUCACUCACUCCAUCAUUACAAAUACCACAUAUAUCUGACAUGUAAAGAAGAGAUUUCUUCCGUUCAGAAAAAGAGUGCAGAUCUAGGACAGGAGGAAAUCGUCCAGCUGUGCAUGAAAAAUAUAAAAUGGGUGGAGGAUCUUUUUGAAAAAUUUGGCGAACUUUUGAAUCGUGUCCAGCAGAAAUGUUUAUAAUAUUUUUUUUUUUUUUUCCAAAUCUCAAGUUUUUCUACAGCACUAACCUGAUGGAACAGAAAGCUCAGAGUGAGGCUCUGAUUACUCUUAUAAUGCCAGACUACGUGCUUAUUCAUAGGGAUUUCAUUUCUCUUUUGGAACUUUGUGCCUUGGCUCUAGCUAAGGAAAAGUGACGCUGCCAAGGAAAUUAGUCCUUUAGAGAUGGAACUAAACAAACAUAACCACAUUUUUAAUCUGCAAAUGAUUUUUAUAUUUUGUAAACUAUUGGGUAACUUUAGUUUUAUUUUCAAAAAUGUUUUUGACAAACGAUAAAGCAUGCACUAAUUAUAGUUUUUUCUUUAUUGCUUUGGAGAUAACACUUAACACUGUGGCUUUUUCUGACUGAACACCAGAAAAAGUCAGGGUUGGGGUAAACUAAUAUUUGCAUUUCUGUCUGGCCACCAAAUUUAGAAUAUUGUACAUUUUGUAAACAGAGCUGAUGUGACAUCAAAUUCUGUAUACAAAUAUUGCCAUCAUAAAAUUCAGAAAUGUCAUUAUGCUUUAUGGACUCCUUUUACUAUUAAUCAUGUUCAGGAUGCUGGACAUGGAGUUGGUGCAAUCCUAUGACUGCUUUUUGUGUCAAAUUAUAUUGUAAUGAAAGACAAUGACCUUAACUAUUUUCCCUGUUUUGAAGAAAAAUAUUUUCCUUUAUACUGUGUUUUUUUUUCUUUUGGAAAAAAAUCAAUUGUACAUUUUAUCUCACUAAUAGUUGUAUUUUUCACAGAGGAAAUAUUGUGGUUAAAAUUGUUUCAUGUACCUUUGUAAUACACUUUCCAUUGUUUUCAGUAAAUCCUAUUCAUUUAUAUGUUGAUUUUCAUAUUGUAAACUAUAUAUCUUGAGGUAACCCUUUUUGUUUAUACAGGUUUGCUUCAGUGUUAACCAGAAUAAUGCAUACUAUAGACUAGUUUUGCUUUAAGUGUAGUUGUGUUAGACACUGCAGUAAUUUUCUGAUACGUGAAAAUAAAUUUCUUACUAAACUAGUACAUGAUUAAUUGAGAGUUUAAAUGAAGAGCUACUACACUUUUUUUUAUCAUUUUGUCAACAAAGAUUAAUGAUUGAUUAGACUAUAUGCAGUGUUAAACACAGCUUACAUAGUUAUUUUUAGAUUUAGUAGUGACCAGAGCUGUUCUCUUUUUGGUGCCUUUCAGAUCUUCAAAAAUACCUUCUUCUUUUUUUUUCUUUUUUUUUAAAGCUGUUUUUCAUUUUAACUGUUAGCAGUGCCACUAGUCACACUCAGACUAUGAAUGUAAUAGACUCAAAACAGUAGAACAUUUUCUUUAAUUUUGCCAACAGAAUGCCUUACUUCAGUCAUUCAAAAUGUGUAUACUGCUGGGGUCCUAAGGAAAUAAGAAAUGUCAGUUCUUCCUUCAGAUAAUGUAGAAAAAAUAUUCAUUCCUUUAUCUUUUUGCUGCCACUUAGUGCCUUAAUUUCAGCCAGGAAAGCAGGGUUUACCAUUCAGUAGCCAAAUUAGAUAUGUUUGAGGUUCAGAGUGAUCUGUUUUUCCAUUUUUUUUCCUGUUUUGGUUCUGUUUAGCUAUUAAUAUAUUUCUUAGACCAUAGAAUUAUAUAAAACAUAAUGAAGGGAUGUGAAAAUGGAACUAUUUCAUCUCAAGUAAUCAAAUUAGGGGUUCAAAAAGAAUAAGAUAGAGUAUUUUAAUUGAUAGCAUUUAGAUUCUUAUUGGAUAGUGACCAUAUUUUCAGAGCUUUUUAUCUUAUUAAAAGCAAUAAUUCUCCUUUAUAUUUGUGAACUGACUGGAAUGGAAGUGGGUAAAUGCCCCUUCCCUAUUUAAAAGCCUUUUCAUACUUCAUCUGUUGUAAAAUGGCAGUUUACCAGCAAAUCGACUGAGACAUUGGCUGCUUCUGGGCCUGUCAUAAUUGAGAGGGUUGAUGUGAAUUUUGAUUUAAAAAGAACAAAAGGUUAGAAGUACAUGCAUCUAAUUUGUUCUUUCAGUGAACAGGAGGGAAUUGAGGUGUUGGGGAUGGUGGGAGAACCGCCAUUUUUUUUUUUUAUGCAGUAAUGAAUCUUGUAAGAUAUGCUUCUUCCUCUUCCUGAUUUUAAAGUUCAACUUGUACCGAUACCAGUCAGUGAAGUGACAGACACCAAGACUGGUCAUUUAAAAUCUGUUAAUUUAAAUGGGACUAUUAAGUAUAUAGAGAUUUACCUGGUAUAUCCUUUAAUCUGUAGGUUUAAAAAUAAAUAUGAUAUAAAUUGAGGGAAUAGUAUGGCUGGCUCCCUGAUUAUGUAGUGAAGUGCUAGUCAGAAUUUGUUAGCUACAGGUCCUUCACAAUUUUACAAGGAAGUAGCAAAUGAGGAUAAGCUUCUCUUCAUUUUAAUAACUUAAGAUGUCUCUACUUCGGUACUUCCUAUAAAAGUCUGAAUGGAAGUUUAGGAGACCAAUCACUUUAGACCAAGCCCCAAACAGCCCUCAGACUACUGGAAAUCAUAGUGGCUUUUUGGGUAACUGGCCUUAUAAAAGCAGGUACAUUUAAACAAAAAGAAAUUAGAUGGACAUCGUGUUUGCUGUGUUAGGGAGGAGACUUCACUCAAGCUCAUUCCCCAGGUCAUCAGACCAAGUAUUCCACCUAUAGAUGAUAGGGUGUACGUUGCAUUGCUUGAAAACAAUCAGUCCAGCGUAGUAAAGAGUAAUAUAAAGGAGUUCUAUUCCAUUCUUUGCUAGAAUGAUGGUAGCUGGAUUAUUAGGGUAUCAAGCCAGGAUAUAUUACAAAUCUGGAAAAACUGUAAGGGUUCAAUGGACCAUUAAGAAAGAAUAAAACUUACUGGGAACCGAAGAGGAAUUUUUAUACUGAAGCAAACUUAGAAAAAAUGUCAAUGUAAAAUCGUUUUUUUCCCACAAGUAUCCUGCUUUGCUCUGUUGCAUUUCAGAUUACUGUGGUUGGAUAAGAGUAAAUUCUGCAUCACAUCCCAAUCAUCUUUCUUCCUUGAUACAGCGGUGAAGUCCUACUGUCUUAACAUCUUUUACCAAUGGAAAUUCAGCAUUAACUUGACUGCAAAAACAGCUAGAAGAAAAGAUGCGCUAGGAAGUAACAAAACCCUCUUUAGACAUUUCACUAUAUAGCAACUAGAGAAACUAAUGAAAUUCAAUGUGUGGUAAUUGAAUAAGGCUUUACUUCUAGCCCUUUGGCUCCCAGCAUAUUAGCAGUCUCUCUCUUGGUCUCUUUCUCUCCCUUCCUCCUCCACCCCCUCUCUUUUUUCACUGAAAUACAGUAUUUCUGUAAAGACAGGUUCUUUCCAGGCUGCUAUUUCCAAAGUUUUGCUAGUAAAAGGCAGAAAAUAAAAAGGUGUUGAAAAAACUCUCUCUGAAAAAAACUACAGGCUUCAGAGCCUCUACAAUCCUAUGACCUGUAUCAUAUUUAUAUAUUGUUUAAAUGAUAUACUUUAAAAAAAAAAAAAAAA